GCACCAGCCAAGACGCACGGGGAAUGUCCCGGGUGGAGGUGGCUGAGACGAGCGCUGUGGUGCACCCUACGUGGCUGUGUGUUCUGGACCUGGGGUGGCUCGUUACAAACCGAGAUGGCCGGACAGGAGGAGCAGGCUGUAAAGUACUACACCUUGGAAGAGAUUGAGAAGCACAAAGAUAGCAAAAGCACCUGGGUGAUCCUGCACCACAAGGUGUACGAUUUGACCCGCUUUCUAGAAGAGCAUCCUGGUGGGGAAGAAGUCUUAAGAGAACAAGCUGGGGGUGAUGCUACGGAGAAUUUUGAAGAUGUUGGUCAUUCUACCGAUGCUAGAGAACUGUCUAAGACAUUUAUCAUUGGGGAAGUCCACCCCGAUGACAGGCCAAAGUUAGCCAAGCCUACGGAAACUCUUAUUACUACUGUUGAGUCUAAUUCCAGUUGGUGGACCAACUGGGUGAUCCCAGCCAUCUCAGCUCUGGCUGUCGCCAUGAUGUAUCGCAUCUACAUAGCAGAAGACUGAACACCUCUCAAAAGACAAGGAGAGCAAAGACUGCCCUGGACAAAGGGAAAAGAAGCCGGUGUUAAUCACUUCCACUGACAGAAACUUCCACCUGAAAAAAUAAUUUUAAUAUGUCUGUAUUUCUCUUCUGCGUUAGAAAGAAAAGAACAAUUCUUUCUACUCCUCUUAAACUUUCCAGAUGUGCCUUUUUAUUCAUCAGCCUUAUUUGAUGUUUCUUCACUACAUAAUUUACGUAUUGUGUGAUCUUUUAAAAUAGAUCGGCUUUUAAAAUA